AAAAAAAAAAAUUCUUUAAUUUCAUUUUACCUUACACAAUUUUAUCUUACACAAUGUCUUUAAGAGGAUUAUCAGGAUUAUUUCAAAAAUCAACUGAUGAUGAAAUAGAAUCUAAAGUUGUACAAUAUCUUUUAGGUCUUAAUGAACCAAUUCCAGAUAAACAUAUUACCCUCAAGUAUAAAUUGAUUGAUUUAUUCAAGAUAUUUCUUAUACCAAAAUUACCUGUAGACGAUUCUCACUUGGAGUUGGAAAUAUACAUUACAGCUUUGACCCAUAUUCCUAAUACUCCUGAAGGCGAAAAAAUUUUGUCACUCUUGAGUAGGCUAUUGGUUACACAACUAUGGCAUGACAUCGCUAAACCACCUAUUAUGAUCGCUGGUGACAUGUAUCGCAGUUCUGAUGGUUCCGGUUACAACAGGAUCAUCCAAUCACUUGGAAAAGCUAAUAGCAAAUAUUCGCUUACAUCCCGUAUUCAGUACCCUAUUAAACUCACAGUCCUUCCCAAAGCAGAAGAUAUCUUUGAUAAACUAAUGGUUCAAGAGGGAGAAUUCGUGGAACAUCCAUCUGGAAUCAGUUCAAUGUUAUUCUAUUUGGCCAUAAUCAUCACUCACGAUUUAUUCCAUACCAGCUUCGCUGAUCCUACCAUCAACCUUACUUCUUCAUACCUUGACCUCACUCCAUUGUAUGGAAAUAAUGAUGAACAAUUAAAGUCUAUUCGCGCCUUUAAAUCUGGACUCUUAAAACCUGAUACAUUUGCUGAUUCACGAAUCCUGUUACAACCACCCGGCGUAUCUGCUUUGUUAAUACUUUUUUCGCGAAAUCAUAAUUAUAUUGCACAAACUCUUCUUGAAAAAAAUGAGCUAGGACGAUUCAGCGUUAAGAAUCAAAAUGAUCCUGAACAACUCAAAAAGCAAGAUGAAGACCUCUUUCAAACCGCACGAUUGAUUAAUUGUGGAUUUUAUAUUAAUAUAAUCCUUCAUAAUUACCUUCGUACUAUCCUUGGUCUCGAUCAAACUGCUUCAACUUGGUUCGUUGAUCCUACAGUGCCAUAUAAUAAAACAGGGCAACUUGAUGCCUUACCUUCUGGAUCCGGAAAUAUAGUCUCUUUAGAGUUCAACUACAUCUAUCGAUGGCAUCCAGCUGUCUCAGAAGAUGAUACAAAAUAUGUUGUAGAUGAGUUCAAAACGAUUUUUGGAGAUGAUUGGGAAAAUAUAGCUAUUGAUAAAUUCAGGGAAAAGAUGUCUACUUGGAAGAGAUCAAUACCCAAAGAGCCAUCCAAAUGGAAGUUUAAUGAUAUAGAAAGAGGAAGUGAUACCCGUUUCAAAGAUACUGAUAUUGCAAAAGAGAUCAUUGGUGGAACAAGGAAAGUUUCAGGUGCUUUUGGAGCAAAUCGCGUUAAUAAAGUUUUCCGUCCUAUUGAGCUUCUCGGCAUUGAAUCAGCUAGAUCUUUGGGAUUAAGUAGUCUCAACGAUUUUCGUCGGUCCUUAAACUUGAAGCCUUAUGAUACAUUUAAGGAAAUGAAUCCUGAUCCAAAGGUAGCGGAAAAACUCGAAGAACUUUAUGGACAUGUAGAAAAUGUCGAAUUGUAUCCUGGUCUCAUGACAGAAAAAACGAAGCCUGCUGUUCUCGGUUCAGCAAUCGCGCUUCCAUUUACCAUCAGUCGCGCUAUUCUAUCAGAUGCGGUUAAUCUUGUACGAAACGAUCGCUUCUAUACGAAUGAUCUCACUCCACGAAACUUAACAACCUGGGGCUGGAAUGAAAUUCAAAGCGAUCCAAAUGAUAUGUCUUCUGGAGGAAUUUUACAUAAACUCAUCUUGAGACAUGUACCUAACGUUUACAAAGAAAAUUCUGCUUGGGCUUUAUUUCCGUUUACUACACCCUCGCAGACCAAAAAGAAUUUGCAAAAUCGUGGAGGUGACUUAUGGAAGAAGUUCGAUUAUGAGGAGCCUAAAUUAUCAUAAAAUUCUUUGCCUUUACUUAAUUAAUGUUUGAUUUAGUGUAAAAAAUUUGAGACAUACAUUAGCGGGUUUAAUUAUAUAUUAAAUUUUUUUUUUAUUUUAUUUCAAUAUAUUUUUUUUAAUCUAUACUUUAUCUUCUUUCCCAGAUAAAUAAAAUAAUCAUCUUUUAAA